AAGAAAACAACUCAAACGUCAUGGCGGACUUUGAGUCUCAGUCAUGGAAAGAUCGCUGUGACAGAUACUUUACAUCUAUUUCUGAUACAGGAAAAGAUCGUGAUCAAGAAAAAACGGCGAAAAAUGACUCAGAAAAUUCGCGAGAAAAACGUGCAAGUCUAGAUGAUUUCUUCGAUGAUGGAGAGAAAGGUUGGAAAGAUCUUUCAGAAAUAAAGAAGGCUUUCUCUGAACAUUGGUUUUUACGUCAUAUCAGAAAUGCUCUUUCAGUGCUGGAUAUACACGGCUCAAAUAUAGCCAGCAAAGCGAAAAACACCGUUGGAUUUACAAUUUGGGCGAUUCUUACUUUAGUGUCUGUUAUCACGUUUGGAAUUUUAUUAUAUUUUAUGUUGCAGGAAUAUUUAAAUAGGCCCUCUAGUUUUCGUGUUACUAGUUUAUCAACUUCAGAACGAGUAGUUUCAUCUGACAUCUCACUGACAGUGUGUAAUUUGAACGUAAUUAAAAAAUCUAGACUGCCUGACACAGGAUUAAACGAGUUGCACAAAUUCGUGUCUGGUGAAACUAAAGCUGCACCAAGAACAGAAAAAGUCACCGUCAAAGAAAUGAUAGAGAGUAAUGAAAAACUGACUGAGUUUGUUACGGAACAUAACCCUGGCAAAGUAUCAGAGUUAGUUAAAAGUAUUGAAAAUGAUGUUAUUGUGCAGGAACUUAUACAUUCGUCGGAAGAAUCGUUAUUGUUCCGUCUUAGUAAAUAUGCAAGACCGCAGAUAUUAAGAGAAGUAACUCAUAUCACUAAGGAUGAUGUAGAAAGAGCUGGACACGUGACUAAUGAGACAUUGGUCCAAUGCUGGAGAGAUAACUCAGAAUGUCAAUUAAGCAGGGACAUUCAUACGGACAGUGAUUCUGAAGAAGGCAAUUGUGUUGUUGUUGGUGGUCUUAGAAAUUCUACACAAGUAGACAUUGUCUUGAAUGCCCAGACAGACGAGUACAUACACCAAAUAACUCCUUCAGUUGGAUUUAAGGUGUAUCUAAGUGACAGUGAUGGCACACACUUGUUUUCAAGUUCAGUGAUAGAGAUAUCACCGGGAUUUCGUUCAACAAUAUCCCUGAAUAAGGUGACAACAGUUACGCGUUUGGAGAGGUCUUGUAGCUCGUCCAGUGGUAGCAAAGCGGAAUGUGAAUUGAACUGUUUGGAGAGUCAUGUUGUUAACAUAUGUGAAUGUAGCACAAAUAGACAAACAAGCAAUACGAAGCUGUGUAUGAUGAACUUUGUGUCCGACUAUAUAUGCGUACAGUCUAUCAAACAAUUGCAAACACAAGGACACUUGCCGUGCCAGUGUAGAGAACAAUGCAGAGAAAAGAAAUUUGACUUGAAAAUGUCUACAGUUGGAUGGCCACAUAAACAAUAUAUGGAAUUAUUUGGAAGUCGAUUGUUACCUGGUCACCAAAAUCUUAACGAGAGCUAUCUAAGAGAAAAUAUCGCUUUCCUGACAAUCAACCUUCAACCAGCGUUAACUGAAGAUAUUGAGGAAAUCGAGCCGUUUGAGAUAAUGGACAUGCUAGCAAGAAUAGGGGGCCUCUCGGCAAUUAUUGCUGGGAUUUCUGUUAUCACGGUUAUAGAGAUAUUAUAUAUAGCGCUGCAAAGUCUGAUCCGAUUUAUGCGGUAUAUCCGAAAAAGGUCAGGAAGCGUUGCGUCUCAAAAAAGGUUAAGUGACUCAGAAAUAACGUCAAUCACUUGGGCAGUGUACCGUCAACGACGUCGAUUUGAAGAAGUCAACAAAAUGAAAGCUGAUAAUCUCGCAAACAAUGUUGGCGUGAACGCUAUUGGAGGCAACGUACACGCCCGCAUAUCAAAGAGAAGUAGCUACGACAGAGAGCCAAAUAACGAGCAUGUGGUCACUAACAAUCAUAAACAAUAUCGACCAAAUGAAUAUUCUAGAAGAUAUGAUGGGAAGAACCCUUUUUAUCAGCCGAGGACACGCGAUAGUUUAGUGAAAGACCCUGAUUUCCCUAAAGAAAACAAUGGUGAAAGUUACGCAGUUAAUGUAAUUCGUCCUCAUCGUCCAACUGAUUACAUUUAUGACAGUCGCCCCGAUCCCGUUCAUACUGGACAUGCUUUAUACAAAAAUGGAACUAAAUAUAAGGAAACCAAUGCUGGCGACAGACAUCAACCACAGAAUGUCUUCCUUUACGAUGGUGCCGUGGCUUAUUUCAAUCCUGCCAAUGUUUCUGAACCAGUCUAUUUAUAGAUUUAUUUUAUUUUCUUUAGAAUACAAUGCAAUAACAUGAGUAACUAUAGUUGUAUAUUUUAAAGUUUUGAUCUUUGUAAAACUUUUAUCCAACUUUUUGAAUCAUGGUAAGCGAAAGUGCAUAGAACUUCAAACAUUAUAAUAAAACUGGUUCCCUCAUAUAAGUGCAUUGCUUAUCCCACAUUGAACCAGGGUCUUUCAAAUGUUCUGGUGUGCUGAACAUUGUCUCAAUUACAGACAGAAAGACCAACCUUCCUGAAAAGAUUACAUCCUCUACUGUACUGUAUUAUAGACCUUCCAUUAUAGACAAAUUCACUUUAAUCUACAGAACACUCUCACCCGAGAUAUAGUUUAUUUACUAAAUCAAUCUCUAAACCU